CAGCAGCAGUAAUGUCAGCCUGAGCUGCCAGUGUGUGGAGAUUAGAGGCAGCUCAGGUUCUCUUCCUCUGGAGGAUGGUGUGACAGAAGGACGUGGUUGGAGCUGUGUGUGUUUGCGGUGAUUGUUCAGGCCUGCGCGCUCCUGGUUGGACGGCGUCAACACACACACACACACUCAAAAUGUCAAGGAUGCUCCAAAGAGGAGGAGGAGGAGGAGGAGACAGACCGCAGAGGCAGCAGCAGCAUGACUGUCCACACUGAGACACAGGACACGGAUGCGUAGUGGGACUGAGAGAAAUACAUGGUCCCUGCUUAUUAUUAUUAUUAUUAGUGUUAUAUUAUCGUUGUUGUUUUAAGAGACUGUGGUUAAAUCGGACAUAAAGCGAUGGCUUGACAUUAUUGCGUUCCAUUAUUGAGUUCCAUCGACGUGACAGCGGACUCUCUCCGUGAGUGAGCGCCUGGACGCUUCUCCUCCUGCUCCUCCUGCUCCUCCUGCUGCUCCUGGUGAUGAUGAUGAUGGUGAUGUGCUGUUCGGGUAUGAAGCAGUGAAGUGGAGCAGCAGUGGAUGUCGCAGCCCUGCAGGGUCACAACACACACGACUGAAGGGUCAAGAAAUUGUUGCAGCGAGGGGAAUUCCCCCGCCGCUCCUCAUUACGCCAUGGAUGACUCGGGGAUAAUACGUCGCCGGAGGCUGCAGAAGGAUUUGCCACUACCUCGCAAAAACAGCAGUUGUCGUACAAGCAACAGGAAGAGUCUGAUCCUGACCACCACCUCUCCCACGCUGCCUCGCCCACACUCACCUCUGCCUCUCCCUGGACACCUCGGGAGCAGCCCUCUGGACAGCCCGCGAAACUUCUCUCCCAGCAACCCGGCACAUUUCUCGUUUGCCUCCUCCAGAAGAGCGGAUGGACGGCGGUGGUCUCUGGCAUCUUUGCCCUCUUCUGGAUAUGGCACCAACACCCCCAGCUCUACGUCCUCCAGCUCCUCACAGGAGCGGCUGCAUCAGCUGCCCUUCCAGCCCACCAUGGACGAGCUCCACUUCUUAUCCAAGCACUUUGGCAGCACUGAGAGCAUCACGGAUGACGACGGUGGCCGCAGCUCUCCUCACAUGCGGCUGCGCUCCCGUAGUCUUAGCCCAGGACGCUCCUCCUCCUGCUAUGAUAAUGAGAUAGUCAUGAUGAACCAUGUGUACAAAGAGCGCUUUCCAAAGGCCACAGCACAGAUGGAGGGGAGGCUGGCCGAGUUCUGCCAGGCUUUUUCCCCUGAAAAUGUUCUUCCACUCGCCGACGGAGUCCUCAGCUUCAUCCACCAUCAGAUAGUUGAGCUGUCCAGAGACUGCCUGGCCAAAGCCCGCGAGGGCCUCAUCACCUCCGUCUACUUCUUUGAACUGCAGCAGAAUCUGGAGAAGCUUCUUAAUGAUGCCUUCGAUCGUUCGGAGAGCAACGAGGUUGCCUUUGUCACCGAGCUGGUGAAGAAGCUUCUCAUCAUCAUCUCACGUCCGGCUAGGCUUCUGGAAUGUUUGGAGUUUAACCCAGAGGAGUUUUACCAUCUGCUGGAGGCGGCGGAGGACCACGCCAAGGAGGGUCAUCUGAUGAAAACAGACAUUCCUCGUUACAUCAUCAGCCAGUUGGGACUGACCAGAGACCCAAUUGAAGAGAUGGUAAAUCUUGAUAGUUACGACAGUGAGGGACCACUAACACCUGAAACAGAUGACUCGACGGAGGGAAAGAUCAGAGCAGUGAAACCACCGGGAGAAGAAGACUUCCAGACCAUCAAGCUGAUUAGUAAUGGAGCAUACGGUGCUGUGUACCUGGUGCGUCAUCUGGAGACACGGCAGCGGUUCGCCAUGAAGAAGAUUAACAAACAAAACCUGAUCCUAAGGAACCAAAUCCAGCAGGCCUUUGUGGAGAGGGACAUCCUCACGUUUGCAGAGAAUCCUUUUGUCGUCUCCAUGUACUGUUCAUUCGAAACUCGACGACACCUGUGCAUGGUCAUGGAGUACGUAGAGGGUGGAGACUGUGCUGCACUGCUGAAGAAUAUUGGAGCUCUGCCUGUGGAAAUGGCCCGCAUGUACUUUGCAGAGACGGUCCUCGCACUGGAGUACUUACACAACUAUGGCAUCGUGCACCGUGACCUCAAGCCUGACAACCUCUUGAUCACCUCCAUGGGACACAUCAAGCUGACGGACUUUGGCCUGUCCAAGAUGGGUCUGAUGAGUCUGACCACAAACUUGUAUGAAGAACACAUAGAGAAGGAUACGCGGGAGUUCCUGGAUAAACAGUUGUGUGGAACUCCAGAGUACAUUGCCCCUGAGGUUAUUCUUCGUCAAGGUUAUGGUAAGCCAGUGGACUGGUGGGCCAUGGGCAUCAUCCUGUACGAGUUCCUGGUGGGCUGUGUCCCUUUUUUUGGAGACACUCCAGAGGAUCUGUUUGGACAGGUCAUCACAGAUGACAUAGUGUGGCCAGUAGGGGAUGAGGCUCUCCCCGUCGAUGCCCAGCACAUGAUCUCCUGUCUCCUGCAGAGGAAUCCACUGGUUCGACUCGGCACAGGUGGUACAUUUGAAGUGAGGCAGCAUUCGUUCUUCACAGAGGUGGACUGGAACAGCCUGUUGAGACAGAAGGCAGAGUUCAUUCCUCACCUAGAGUCAGAGGAAGACACCAGUUAUUUUGACACCCGCGCUGAGCGCUACCCUCAUGUGCAUUCCUACGACGAAGAUGACACCAACGACGACGAGCCUGUGGAGAUGCACCGCUUCUCCUCAUGCUCCCCUCGCUUCAGCAAGGUGUACAGCAGCAUGGAGCAUCUGUCCCAGCUGGAGCACAAACCCCAUGGUGUGACUCUACGGGAGCACAAGGUCCCCAGGGAGGAGCGGAUGGCCAAGAGAGAAAGUCUGGGAAGUGUCACUCUCAGAGACAAGAGCUGGAGGACUGGAUCACCUGAGAUGAAGCGUCUGUCCUGCUCCGAGUCCUCCUUCACUGAGAGUGACUCCAGCCCACCAUCGGGGGCCCGAAGACGUUUCUCUGCCCUCAUGGACACACACCGCUUUGCCUCCCCUCUGGAAAUUGACUCUGAGCUGCUCACAUCCAGCAGACAGCCUCCUGUGAAGGCAAGGGGAACUUCUCUGGAAGGAGCCAUGGGAACAAUCUCCUCUCAGGGUGAUCUGAGAGCGUACCUUAAAGACAGCAAUGGGCACGCAGCUGGAGACAAGAUUUUGAGGCCUGCUGAUCCUGUGUUGCCUCUGCCAGGCAGUGCUACUGUUUUGGGGCUUCAAGAGGCACAUGGGGCCCGCGGGGCCACCACUGACCUGGUGCUGCGGAGGGUUCGCCACCAGCAGCUCACCGCUGAGGGAGAAAAACGUAAUUCACGACCGGGAACCAAAGUUAUCAAAUCUGCAUCUGCCACUGCUCUGUCUGUCAUCAUUCCUGCAGUGGAACAACACGGUGCUUCCCCUCUGGCUAGCCCCAUGUCUCCUCGCUCCCUCUCGUCCAACCCUUCCUCGCGUGAUUCCUCGCCCAGCAGAGACUACUGUCCGGUGGUCAACGUCCUGCAUUCUCCGAUCACCAUACAUCGCUCCGGGAAAAAGUAUGGCUUCACUCUCCGGGCCAUCAGAGUCUACAUGGGAGACAGUGAUGUUUACAGCGUGCAUCACAUGGUCUGGCAUGUGGAGGAAGGCGGCCCUGCCCAGGAGGCCGGUCUAAGUGCUGGUGACCUCAUCACUCACGUAAAUGGGGAGUCAGUCCACGGUCUGGUUCAUACAGAGGUGGUUGAGCUCAUCCUGAAGAGUGGAAGUAAGGUGACCGUCACAACCACUCCCUUUGAGAACACCUCCAUAAAAGUGGGUCCCGCACGCAAGUCCAGCUAUAAAGCCAAGAUGGCACGGCGCAGCAAGAGGGCAGGAGUUAAGGAAGGACAGGAGAAGAAGCGCAGCUCCCUCUUUAGAAAAAUCACCAAGCAGUCCAACCUGCUCCACACCAGCCGAAGUCUCUCCUCCUUAAACCGCUCACUGUCAUCCGGAGACAGUCUGCCAGGCUCCCCCACACACAGCCUCUCCGCACGCUCGCCCACUCAGAGUUACCGCUCGACUCAUGAACCCCCUUACUUGGGCACCUCCUCCCAGGGCAGCUCCCCUGCAUCCAGCACCCCAAACUCCCCAGCAGCCUCUCACCACAUGAGGCCCAGUUCCCUGCACGGUCUCUCUCCCAAACUUCACCGCCAGUAUCGCUCUGCACGCUGCAAAUCUGCCGGCAACAUCCCUCUGUCCCCUCUGGCUCACACUCCUUCCCCGACCACCUCAUCUCCCCCGCCUCUCAGUGGCCACACCGUCGGGAGCUCCAACACGACGCAGAUCUUUCCUGCUAAGCUGCACUCCUCUCCACCUGUGGCCCGGCCUCGUCCCAAGAGCGCAGAGCCACCCAGGUCGCCCCUGCUUCAGCGGGUGCAGUCGGCAGAGAAGCUAGGAGCGCCGAUUCUGCCUUCCUCCUCUUCAUCGUCCUCAUCGCCUUCUCCCCUGACAGGCGGGGUGUCGUUACGCAAACACAGCCUGGAGGUGACACACGGGGACUACAGGAGAGAGUCUUUCCACUGUGAGCACAGCCUACAGAGUCUGUUAGAGAUAGAGGGAGAGAAUGGACCUGCUCCCCCGUCUCCUUCAUCAUCAUCCUCCCCCUCACCUCCCAUGGGGGGGGAGAUCGGAGGCCUGAAGCCUGUGAGAAGGCUGGGGAGGCAGGAGUCACCACUCAGCCGUGACACACUGCUCACAGCAAAAGAGAAAGACACUCAAACCACAGCGUCUGAGACCAGUGGGUCACAAACGGAGAGUGUCGCUACCAAAGCUAUGUCCAAGACCAAUGUUAUUGACACAAGUAAAGUAAUAUCCACUGCUGAAGUUAAAAAAACCAGUGUCAGUGCAACUGCAGUGGAGGCUAGUCCAGGGUCAGUAUCCAGUACAGACACCAAGCGAGGUCCUGGGGACAAACCUAUAAAUAUAAGUGCUUCAGCGUCUGAGGCAACAGUCACCAAGAGUAAACCCGCUGAGAAAAUCUCAACUACAGGAGCAUCGAGGACUGUUCAACAACAAGAGAGAAAGCAGCAGAGCACACAGACCGAGAGUGCAGCUGCAGCUAAAGCUGGGGAGAAGACAGAGGAGAAAGUGAAGACUGCUGCAGGUGUUGAAAAGAGUAACGCGCAGAGAGACUCGUCCUCAGAGCACACCAAAGCACGAAAAGGCACCGAGGCGGGAGAUAAAGGAGGCAUAAGUGGCAGUGAUAAAGCACCUGAGAUGACUAAAAUCAAAGGUCCGGCGCCUCCAGUUCCGACCCAGGUUCAAACCCGCACUGCAGCUCAUGUGCCGACUGCUGCAAGAUCCAAAACAGAGAGAGUGUCCAGCAGCCACCGUGGGGUGAAGGAGGAGAAGGUACAUUUGGAAGCCCUGGAGGAGAAUCCCAUGUCACCCUCCUCUAAUGCAGCCUCGCCCUGCUCAAGCAAAUCUCGCCCCAUGUCCCCAGGGGACAAAGCAAGCUUCGUCACCCAGCUCACGAGUGUGGCCAAGACAGUGCUCGGGCCCAUAAAAGGAGGUUUACAAGAGGGAACCAAAGUCAAAGACAGCUCCAAGACGAGCGAGGAGAAGCGCGGGAGCGCCGGGAAAGCAGAGGCGUCGUCUGGCGGCGGACGCCGUGGGCCUCAGACGGCAAACUCAGCCGUCGCUGACAAAGGAACCAGUAGGAGUGCAAAGCAUCAUUCAUGAUGUAAAAGAGAGAGGGGGAGAGAGACUAAGGCUUUUUACUGUAGCAUCAUACUGACAUAUCAUGACUCAGCGUGAAGGGGAGAUACAGAAACCUGGAGAAGUGACACCAAACAGACAAAGAUGCAUCAGCUACUGUUGAAUAAAUGUGCGCACAUGGUAUCAUAAAGCAGGCGUGUGUAUGUUCCGGACGUCCAUCUCAAUGUGUUGUGUCUACAGUUUUUUUUGGGGAGUAGAAAAAAAGGCAUACAUGUAUGUCUCAGUGCAUGUCUUACAUUGUAUGUGGAAAAUUGAAAAACCUAUUUAAGUGAAAAUGAUGACGCGGACCUUAACGGUAGUGAACACUGUGAACAACAUUUCAGCUGACCCCAGCAGAUAAACUGUUAACGACAUGUUAAAAGAGCAGGAUUCUGUGAACAGGGGCAUUACUCAAACUAUUUCAGAACAGCUCGAGUGCCAUCAUCCAUCAUUUAGUUCAGCUCUGUGUUUCCCUCAAGUUCAGCUACUCAAAGGGAUGCGGGGCGCAGGAGGAUUGGCCUCGUAUCAUGUAGUGAAUAAUAGAACAAACACACACAGGAGAAUGGAACCAGACACCACAAUGGUUGCAAUCAGACGGUGAAUCAGCUGGUUUGCGUCGGAUAAAUACGUGUAAGGGCUGAUUUUCAGUGGGGUUAGACGUGUGGGUUGAGGUUGGAUGAACUUGCACAGGGACACUAUGCAAUCUGCUCGUUAUGUCAGUGUCUGUACUAAGUUUACAUUGUGUAAUAGACAAGAAGAGCAGGACACGUGGAGGACAGGGGUUUGCAAUAAGCCAAGCAAGCUCGUUGUGUUUUCAACGUCUCCACUGAUCGUGAUAGUGAAAUGUGCAAUUACUGUAUACUGUUUUGUAUAUUAUAGGCUACACACGAAUACAGUGUGCUGAGAGUGAUGCGUGUGUAAAGAACAUUAAUGGAAGUAGCACUUAACACAGGAGAAGAUUAGGAAAGCUCUUUUAUUUACUCUUUUCUAUUUAUGCAGAGGUACAGUUUAUUGUAUAAGUGUGAAGGAAAAGUGCCAGUGUUUUUAUUUAGGGAUAAUGUGAUAUUUUGUUGAGUUUCUAUUUUACAUUUAAAUGUUAUGAUACUAAUAUGCAAUCCAUCAGUGCCCAGUUCCAUAAAACUGAGCGUCAGUGAUGGUCAGUGACACACAGGGAGGCCACGCGUAGCCAGGAGCGUCAUUGUGCUGACGUCUUGUUUGUGCUUGUAUGACAGGAAAAGUAAUCUUGCCAUUGUUGGACACCAGGCUCAGAGCUGCUGUCUUAGACUGCCACCUUGUGGACAACAUCACGCGACAUCGGAGAGGCCCUGAGUCUGUGGAUCUUUCCGUUUAUGACAUUGUGAGUCUGGUGCAUAGUCAAUUUUUGUUGAUGAACACAUUUCCGUUUCUGCAGUCUGAGCUUAUUUUACACAUUAAUGUUCUAGUAUAAGCAGACACUAUUGACCAUUUAACAUCAGUGAUUUUGUGUGUAAUGUGAAAUGAACUGCACUUUAUUUUGUCUGAUAUGUUUUUCUUACAUAUUUAUUUUAUAUUUUUUUAUUUGUUGUAUUUAUUGAAACCCUAUCUUUUUUUUAUUAUUAAUUUAAAUAUUUUGUAUGUCAUCGGCUAAGGAAUCUCUGUUUUAUGACUGAAAUGAGUUAUUUAUGAAUUUUAAAUCUAAUGAGAAACUUACCAAAACUGUAUGGCUGCCCCCUUUAGUGCCGGUGUGACUGUCAUUCCAUAAAUCUGAAGUUGUGCUGUUGUCGUCAUGUCCAUCUGUGUCCAAGUGUUUGACUUUUUUACAAUAACAACUAUCUCUGACUGUUGUUCUUCAUUACAUGGUUACAUAUUAGACAGCAUUGUGAAAAACUAAUGCAAAAAGCCUACAGUGCAGAUAUGUAAUAAAAUGCAGCGAAACUCCUC